UGCACCCUUGAAAUUUACAAUUGUCCUGCAGAUUGAGAGAUCUAGUGAUGGAUUUGAACAGCUAUCCCUUGGAUUUGGUUCUAGUCCCCUUUAGCUUUCUUCUGACAGCAAGUUACCACAGUUACAUCUGGUUCAACUCCAGCUCCAAGGCCAAGCUGGCCAAGAAACCUGCAGCUAAUGCAAUCAGCUUAAGCAUCACCAACAGAGCAUCAUGGAACCAGAGCAUCCUCCAGGGCAAGAGGAAGGACAUGCUCGGAGUGCAGAGCCUCCGCAAUUCGCUGAUGUCGGCCAUCCUCUCCGCCUCCACCGCCCUCGCGCUCGCCAUCUCCCUGGCCGCCCUCGCCAACAACGCCUUCAACGCCCACCGCCUGCUCCGCCACGCCUUCUUCGGGUCGCAGGCAGGGCCGACGGUGGCGCUCAAGUACGCUUGCGCCAUGAUCUUCCUCCUCUUCAGCUUCCUCGCUAAUUCUCUGGCGGUCGCCUUCGUCGUCGACGCUUGCUUCCUAGUGAGUGUCGUCGUCGAGGAGGAGGAGGAGGAGGAGGAGGAGGCGGAGAUGUUGGAGAAACAGGCGCGGAGGAUGCUGAGGAGGGGGUACGUGCUCGCGGUGGUAGGCAACCGCCUGCUUUUCGUAUCGCUGCCGAUGCUUUUGUGGUUGUUCGGUCCGGCGGCCAUGGCGCUGUCAUCGGUGGCGUUGGUGGUGCUGUUCUAUGAGCUCGAUGUGGGCAUUACGUAUGGGCCUCAAAAGACUUGUAAUAAAUAAUACAAUUAUACGAGACGCUUAAUAUUAAACUUGAGUUAAUACAAUUUCGGUAAUUUAUCAAAAGGAAGUACGUAGAGAUCUAAA